AUGCCUAACGGCCGCCCUCCCAACCUCAUGGCACCCGCCUCCCUUGAUGCUGCCUCCCCAGUGCCCAUGCACGCUCAUGCCUCUCCCGGCCUCCUAUCUAGCGAUGCUGCAACCCGCCUGCACCAAACUGUGGAAGCCGACACCGAUGCGCCCACGCACCCGCUGCGUCAGAAGACCUCCUCACUCCGUCUUGCGACUGCCGCUGCGCGGGGAAUGGUCAAAGGACUGUUCAACAUCGGCGGAAAGCUGUCUGCCGCAGGCUCAAGUGAACAUGCAUCGCCCCCAAAGUCGCCGUCAACGACAAGUUUGGUUAGUGCCAAUCUCAGUGUAGCUGAGUCCGAGGAGGACGAAGAGUACAUCUACAACAUCAAUGCCGCAACAGGCCCACAGUUACUACCACCGUUGCAGGGUGGCCGCGGCCGCAGAUUUAGGCCGGUGUUGAAGAGAAAGGUUUUGCCAGUGCAGUAUACAGAUUUCCCGCCGUUUGACCCCCCUGAAGGGAGUGAGAGAAUGGUUGCGCCGGCGGACACGGGGACUCCAUCGUCGAGUCGCAGCAGUAGUCGAGAGACUAUCCUGAAUGUGGGGCCGUUAGAAAGAAAGGGGAGUUGGCGGGGGAAGUACAACUAUCGCAGGGUCAGGCAGAUGAGGAGCGAUACAUCCGAUUCGGGGAGGGACAAUAGAAAUACUCCUGUAAAAGUAGAACCAAAACUGGACAAGCAGGAGCAAGAACCACCAACAUCCCCCGCGCCACAAGAGCUCCCCCAGAAAAUCCCCGCAAGAACCCUCACCACCACAGAGAUUGCCAGCCCCAAUCCCUCCCCAGGCCGCAGAAGGAAUGCUUCCAGUCACGUCUCAUCAACCUCCCACGUAAUGACAAAUUCGCGCCAACGGCUCUCCUCCCCCUCUAGCAUACUCAUGCACGCACCUCCACCCUCACUCUGCGCCUCGAUCUCUUCCCUCCAAACUGUCAUCUACGAGUACGCCCCUUUAAUGGAUAACUCGUCAUCCACAUCCAUAAGCAGCAAUGGGCGCAUCACCUCCCUCUCCCCGGUCACCUAUAAGCUCUCCGACACUGAUGGCUACGUUAGCUUCCCGCCCUUUGUCUCAAGAAACUAUUUUUCCCGCGGCACCUCGCGGCUUGGAAGACUGUUGGGUGGAAACCGCAAUGCGAGCACGUCGAGUUUGCCUGAGACUUUAGAGGAUAAUCAGAGUAGCUUUAGGAAGACACUCAGGUACUUGGAGCCAUUGAGGAGGCGCUCUGGGAGUAUUUCGACGUUUGGAACCAACUUUGAUAACGCGUCGAUUGCGGAGUCUAUUGAUAGGGUGUCCGUCAUUGAGUCGAAUGGGACAUCGGCGUCGGGACGGUAA